AUGUGUGGAGCGUGAGUUCGCGUCUCAAAAUGCGUUGUGAAGAGCGGGAAGACGUGCCAAUUUCCAGCGUGAACCACAGUAUCGGAUACCGAGAGACGAACUGGCUCAUCGCCACUCAACUAUUCGAGUUAUUCCGAAAUGAGACGAGCCGACAACUGAAUAGACUCUACUGGACGGGUCUGCGAAUGAGAAGUGCGACGAUGAUCGGCGUCGAGUCCGAGGAUGCCACUUCCGAAGUUGCCGAUGCCAUCGUGGCAGACUUCACCUCGGUCUACAACCCACUUUGGGCCCGGGGACAGCCUCCCGAGGUUAUUUUUUCCGUUUCAAAAUUGUCUUUUGGCCGUUUGGAAGGCAUCAAAACACUCGUAAACACGCUCUGAUCUCUGUGACAGAUGCGAAAUUCUCGAACGGUCCCUGUCCGGUCUAUCCUCCCCGACGGACCGUCCAUUCUGCCACAACCAUUCUCUUUUCUUUUUUUCUCCCUGCCCUGCCUGUCUUCCAGUGUUGAGCACAUUUUUGUUGUUUAGCUAUUUUUUUCAAAAAAAAAGCCGCAGAAAAAGGUUCUGCAUUGACGAUUUUUUUGUUCCGUUUUCCGUCUGCCGUCUUCCGGGAGAAAAAUUUUUUUCCGUCUUCCAUGUUCCGUAAAAAAAUUGUCGCGCGAACCCCUCGGGUACGGUCGCUUUAAAGGCGCAUGCCUACAUUUUGUCGCGUCCCGUUUGACCUACCGCUAAACUAUAUCGGUCGAUGCGAACACACUCGGAUCAUUGAGGGUCCGUCAAUAUGAGAGGCCGAUCAUGUAGACAACCUUUUGUUUUUUGCCUACUCUCAUUUGUCUGAAACAAGGCAUUAGCGUACUAUCAAAUUAAUAAUCAUGCGUCCGGUUCCCCGCCGCCGCAACGCGACCGCUUCGCAGCUGAAAAGACCACGCCCCUCAAUUAAUUAUUUUUUUUGGAAAAUACACAAAUUAAAGCUACUCCUGACGAAAAUUAAUUGUUUUCGAGUGUUUUUAGAGAAUUAUCUUUGCAAACAGAUCGAUUUAGACGAGAUUCUGAACUUUAAUUUGUGUAUUUUCCAAGAAAAAUAAUUAACUGAGGGGCGUGGACUUUUCAGCUGCGAAGCUGUCGAGUUGCGGCGGGGAACCAGAGGCAACAUUAUUAAUUUGAUAGUAGGAAACAUAAAAGGAGCGAAAUGUCAGAAAAAUCGAUAAUGUGCAAAGAUCCAUCGACAAAUGAACACACUUUGCAGACGCUCCCCACCGCGGACUUUACGCACUCCUGUCUGGCGCUGGACCUUCGGAACUCAUCGAAUUUCGGCUGGCGCGUGCUCCCAUGCUCGCUCCAACUGCCGAUCCUCUGCCAGAACUACGCGUGUCUGCUCGGAACGUUCCGAUGCGCGGACAACUCAAAGUGCAUUCCGAUGACGUUCCAGAACGACGGAUUCGACGACUGUCUCGACGGAUCCGACGAGAAGAGCGGUUCCGCGCGAACGACGACGUCUUCCGCGUCGUUCGAGAGAGAGAAUCGCGUCUACGAGUGGCCAAUGUUGGUCUCGUCCGGAGGCGUUUUGGCGCCGAGCACGGUCAGAUACGGACGGGGCGAAUGCACGCAUCGGUGGAUGGUCAUGUCGCCGGAGGAUAGACACUUUGUCAUUUGGGUACGUCUUUUUGAAAAGCACGUUUGCACAAUUCCCGGUCUCCAGAGCUGACAAUGGCUCAUGGCGACAUUGGCUCGAAAUUCAAAUUUUACUAGCAAAAUUUGUGUUUUUUGCCAGAUUAGCCACGAAAAAUCGAUAAUUUCUCAUUUGUCUCGCGAUACACUGAUUGUAUAGGCUAUUACAAAUUUUUUAAGCGCAAGAGCGUUAAAUUUGGUCAAGUCGCACUCACAUUUAUCCGUUUGAAGGUUUUUGGCUAAAACUGCGUGAAAUUCAGUUGCUUUUCGGUAAUUUUCGCGGUUCGAGCGCUCAAAAUGCUUGUAUUUACGUGAUUUAUCAUUCUCAAAACCAAUUUUAAAAAAGCGCAAAAUGAGAAGUUUUUGGGCGGCGAAAACGAAAAAGCAAAGUCCGCGAAAAAUGAGCGCCAAAACGCCAUUAAUUCAGCGAGAAUUAGUGUGUUUUCAUGUCGAACAAUCAUUUUUCAUCGCCUUUGGUCACAAAAAUCAGAGAAAACCUGCUCAAUUCAUGAAAACGCCAUUUGGCCGCCGAGGCCACGCUCAUAUUGUCAGCUCUGGAGACCGUGGCGCGCAAUUUACAUGCUUUCCAGAUAAAAUGGCUCACUCCGUCGACGUCCACAACAAUUUUGGUGGAGGGAAAAGAGGAGAAUGGCCGGAUUUUUGUGAACUCGCGAAACGCCACGUCACGCGUCUCGCUCCGAUCCUCCUCGUUCGUGCUGACCGCCUCCGAGACGGACACUCGAAAAGUGGAAUUUCAGAUUUUUUAUCAGGAAAUUGGUGAGUGAAAAGUUACGCUCGAAAAUCAUUUUUAGCGCCACAUUUGAGGCCCUAAACUUCUGCGGCCCGCAUCUCGAAAACCGUUUGUUUUUGUGAAAUGUGGUCAACUGAAAAGUUGUUGCAAAUCAUCUGAUGAACAACUUUUCAGUUGACCACUUUCUUCCGAAACGUGCCAUUUUCGAGUUAUUGAACAAUAACUACAAAGCACAACGAGACAGCGAAAAAAGAGAAGAAAAGCACGUUGAGGCCCCGAAAUCUGGUCCUCAAAGUGAUUGCCUUCGUCUUCUUCCAGACACAUCUGUGUGCCGGCUCUCCGCGUCCAACCACUUGCUUUUCUCCUCCUCCACCAUCCCCUCGUCCUGCAACUUUCACUUUUCCACCUCCGCCGCCUCCUCCUACGUGGCGAUUCUCGUUCAAAAGUGCCUCGGCGUCACUCCUACCGUUGCGUCGCUCGAAUUCAACAAUUCGACAGUCGCGCUCGGCCCGUCGGCCACCAAAAAACUGCUAAUUCUGCCCACAAACCGUGUGGAAGUCGGCGUGAAUUCCACGUGGCCGCGGCGCGACUACGACGACGACGACGACGAAACCCGUCUGGAGAUGCAGUUUUUCGAGCUGAAAUUGGCGGCCGGCAACGAGCUGAAUUUGUUCAUGAUCGACGCGAACUUCGAGAUUGAAUGGUUGCCGAAAUCCGAGCAAAUUUGGAUGGACGGACAAUAUCGAGAAGUGGCGGUCAACAUGAUUUUGACGGGAAACUCGGAAACGUCGUCCGAUGAAAAUGUGAGCGAAAGUCGAUGGGAAGUGACAGAGUGCAGGAAGACGUGUGAAGAGGACAAUAUUCAGGUGGCGUUGAAAAAACCCGUGUUUUUUUGGUAAUUCAUACCUUUUUACUGCAGUUGAUAUCGAAGAACACCUCGAAAUCGAUUUGGGCGCCCGCCAAUUUGACCGGACACGGACCCACUUCGAUUAUUAUCCGUCAAUCCGCCGAGCCGUUCCAUUUUCACGCCUUCUACAGCCGAAAAGAUGACGUGGCACGGCGGAUUACGGUAGAAAAUGGACAGUUUUUGGAUGGAGAAGAAGAAGAAGAAAAAGACGUCACGGAGACGACGACAAUGAUCACGAGCACUAUGAGCACCGAGAGAAGUCGGUUAUUGUCUAUUCAGAACAGCGUAUCUCAGGUGUCGGUAGAGAUACCAAAAAGUUGUCAACUGAUAAAAUGUACACAAGAUUUCGAUCAACAAUUUAUCAGUUGACAACUUUUUGAUACGACCACCGAGCGCCGAGAUACACCGAUUCUCAGAGCAUUUCAGAAAACCGAACAAUCUGCCGGCUGCCGUCGGUUCGCAACGGAUACAUUCGUUCCGUGUCCGACUACUCGUACGCCGACGGAACAGUGCUCGAAUUUGCGUGCUCCGAAGGCUUCGUCCCCGAAAGACCGUUCGAGAAUCACUUCCUACUCCUCUGCGAGUCGGGAGUCUGGCUGUCGGCCUCCGGCGUCUACUCGCUCGACCAACAGGAGCCUACAAUAGCCUGCGAGUCCGCCGAAUGCCCCGAAGUGAGCCCGGUCGAACGGUCGCUGCAGUUGACGCCCGACACGACGGCACGACUCUACGGCACCGUUCGAAAGUACGCGAAUUGGAGCGAUCAACCGUUCGGACCGUUUUGUGUUUGCGGCGACUCGGACCAGGACCCGCUUGACUGGCGCUGCUACAAUUCGGGCAGUGGGACGGCGCAACAAUUGCCCGCCGCCUGCAUUCUGCCACAAGUCCACGAUGCCACGUUUCUGAGGCAGGACGCCGACGAGUUUGAUGUGUUCCCCACUGGAUACAGGGUAACGAAUGCCGGAAAAGUCGGCUCUACUCUGGAAACUCGAUUGCAAUCUAAUUAGAAGAGUUUGCAAUCUAAUAAGAAAAAACUCUAUUUUGCAAUCUAAUCAGAUUUAAUUGAAGUUCCAGUAAAAUCGUAUUAGAUUACAAUAUAUUUUUCCUGAAUUGCAAUCUAAUAAGAAAAAAUUGCAAUCUAAUUAGAAAACAUUGCAAUCUAAUUAGAAAAAUUGCAGUGAUUGUAAUCUAAUUAGACGAUUUUGCAAAAUUGAAGCAAAUCUCUGAUGACCUUAACUAAUUGAAGCAAAUUCUAUUUCAAACGAGUUCGUGUUAGAUUGCAAAGUUUUCUAAUUAGAUUGCGAUCGAGUUCCCAGAGUACACGGCGACCGACCAAAAACGUAGAAAGGGGCGUGGGGCCAGGCGUGCGCGGUUUAUUUUGGCGCGAAAUUCGAAAUUUAACCCCAUUUUUCAUGUUUUUCGUCAAAAAUUAUCAUAUUUCGUACGAUUUCGACGAUGUAAUUGCAUAAAUUUUGUUAAACAAAUCAUCGCGCACUUUUUGAGCCUAAAACAAGCAGGUUUCAUUCAGAAAUGAAUCAAUUUAAUCGAUUUUCAAGUUUUGUGCUGAAAAUGCGCGAAUUUCAGUCAUUCGCCGAUACUUUUUGCCGUUUGAACGCUUAAAAUACUUGUAUUAACGUGCUUAAUCACUUCCGACACUCACUUCGUCUCAAAACUAUCCAGAUCGGCCGGUAUGAAAAUUCCGAAAUUGCGGCGGCGAUUGGCCGCGGAGGGCGUAUUGCGAAAUAUGCCAAACGCGGCGUUUUCACGAAAUUUUCGAUUUUUUCUCUCUUUAAUGUCUUCUUUCGUCGAUAUCAAACACAAAAAUAUCGGAAAAGUGCUGGAAUUGCGGCAAUUUCCACAAAAUCAGCCACGAAAAAUCGAUAAUUUCUCAUUUGUCUCUCGAUACACCGAUUGUAUAGUCUAUUAUGAAUUUUUUAAGCGCAAGAGCGUUAAAUUUGGUCAAGUCGCAAAUCACAUUUAUCCGUUUGAAGGUUUUUGGCUAAAACUGCGUGAAUUUCAGUUGUUUUUCGGUAAUUUUCGCGGUUCGAGCGCUCAAAAUGCUUGUAUUUACGUGAUUUAUCAUUCUUAAAACCAAUUCGUCUCAGAUUAGGCCACGCCCCCCCCCCCCUUUCUACACUUUUGGUCACCCGCCGUGAGCGCUCUACAAAUUCACGUACUCUCAGAUCCGCAUGGACUGUCUAAUCUGUCCGUCGAUGCAAAAAUACUACACGUGUCGAGACGGAGUGUGGCAAAACUCGGACGGUUCGAUUCAGGCGUACGACACGUUCGAGUGCAAGUGCUCCGACGAUCCCGGUUGGUUCGACUUGUUUUUUGCUGAAAUUUGAGGAAAAGCAAACACGUUUUCAGAGUUUGUCGACCCGUGCGAACCGCAUGGAAAAUAUGUCGAACUUUCCGGAAACUAUAGUUGCGCAUGCGAUGCGGGCUACAAAUUUCAAAAGGGCACAUGCCUCGGUUCGUACUGUUUUUUUUUUGGUGUUGAGUUGCACUUAAAAAUUGAAAUGUAGACAUUGACGAGUGCUCGGAAGCCGUCAGCUAUUGUGACUCGUUUGCCACGUGUCUCAACACGGACGGCUCGUUCCGCUGCGUCUGCCCGUCCAAUUUUCACCUCUACGAAGCGUCCGACUACCCGAGCUGGGCGCCCGUCAGCCAGUGGCUCAUUCCCGGAUUCAGUUGUGUCGGUGAGUCGGAGUUAACGACAAAUUGCAGCGAGAAAAACGGUUUCAGAAUCCACGUGCAACACGACGACCGAUUUGAGUGACUACGGAGUGCGAGUGAUUUGGCCGCCGGAUUUCGGUGGCACAUUUCCAGCGCUCAGGUACGAAACAUUAUGGGGAUCAAAAAAUGAUUGUUUUCCGUUUUUUUUCCCCUAUUCAGCAAUGUCAAAAAAUGGAAAAAAAAACGGAAAGAAAUGGAUCAUCGCUCGCAGCGUUUUUUUCCGGCGGGUCUCGCAGCGAUUUCCCGGGCGCGAUGCAUGCGGCUACUGGAUUUACGCGAAAUUUUCCUAAUUUUUCUGCGAAAUUGCCACGUUUUUCCUCUAUUUUGAACCGAUUUUUUCACCUGAUUCAGUUCGAACGUGGCAAACUCGAACGAGUUACAAUCACGGCCUAAAAACGAUAAAAUUCAAGCGAAAUCGGUCGGAAAUAGCGGGAAAACGUGGCAAUUUCGCUGAAAAAUUCGAAAAAAAUUCCCCCUUCUCGUAAAUCCACUCAUAAAACGUCCGGGAAAUCGCUGCGAGACCCGCCGGAAAAAAAUGCUGCGAGCGAUGCAUUUCUCUCCGUUUUUUUUCCCAUUUUUUGACAUUGCUGAAUAGGGGAAAAAAACGGAAAACAAUCAUUUUUUCAUCCCCUCAAUAGCCCCGUAACGAGACUCGCUGACGAUUGGAUAAUUGCUAUGUGAAACAGUAAAGAGCCACUUUUGUCGAGUGUAGCACGGUCUCCCACGACGCGAAUGAUUUCAAUGGGGCGCACUUGCAACAGGCGGGCUGUGUCGAUUUACGCGGCGGCCGAUUAAUUAAUUUUCAACGGGAGUUUGCGUUCUUUCUAUGUUUUCUGUACAAUACACCUAUUUUUCGUACGCCUGGAACCUGGAUUCGAAUAAUUAGAGCACUAGUUACGUUUUGGUAACAGAAAUCUCGCAUAUCGUUGAGAAUUAGCCGAGUUAUUUCGAUUUGAAAGUUUUGGCCUGGAUUUUGAUGUUUUUCUAAUAGUUUUCGAAAACUGCUCAAGAAAACUAACCGCCGGAACCUGAAUUUUGUGAAGAAAAUUCAGCGAACAUUUUUAUCGUUCGUUGGGCUCAUGAAAUGCAAAAUGAGCUGAAAUAUAAAGGUUUGAAGUUUUGACGAAAUGCGAAAAAGACGCUAAAAACAUGAAAAACUCUAAAUUCUGUAAAGAACGGUUUCCAAUCAGUAAAAUAUUGUUUUCUAGACGUUUUUCAAGUCAAAAAGAUAAAAAUAAAGGUCGUAAACUCGAAUUGAACUGCAUUUUUAGACCUGCAAAUUUUCAAAAGUUACAACGACACUUCGCAAUUCACGAGCGCACUGUGUUUAGCAUUUGCGCCCUGGGAGACCGUGUGUGGGCGUCCAGCAUGCGCACCAGAGUUGAACCGCCAACAAGAAAGAACCCAAAUACAAAUGGGGUUAUUCAGGCUGUGAAAAAAAUUAUUGUUUUCCGUUUUUUUUCGUUUUUUUUGUACGGCAAAAAAUCCAAUUCAGCGAUGUAAAAAAACGAAAAAAAAACGGAAAACAAACAUACGCUGAAUAACCCCAUAACAAAACUUGCUGUUCAACCGUAUAUAGAUGCGGCUAGAAACGGGAAUAAUCUAGCUAGAUGGUUACAGAUCAGGCCUCAGUUCGGACUACGCGUACGCCACAAACGUGUGCAGCGGCGAGUUUGCGUGCGUGUUGCCGUUCCGCUACACGUGUCUGCAGUCGCUGCUGAUGCCCGACCGCAACGUGCUCGCCGCGUGUCCCUCGCCCGACACGUCCGUCUUCUCGUUCGAUCCGGAGGACGUCGCCUCGCCCGAAUUCCACGUAUUCCAGACGAUAGACGUCAGGUGCAAAGCGUCCGCAAUGACGAUGAUCGGUAGGGCUCGCGAAUGAAAAAAAAAACGUGGAGAAAAGUGUGGGUUCAGGUCGCCCGACACUAUUCUGCAACGCUUCGUAUCACUGGGAACAGACGCCGGUUUGCAUUUGUGAGUUGGAAUUGAAGAAAAUAAAAUCACAAUAUGUUUUGCUUGUAGACGAAAGUUGUUCGGACCCGACCCAAUUCGUGCAGUCGCCCCUGAGAAUCAGUCGAUUCGUGCGUCCGCUGGGAAGCCAUUUCGAGUACCAGACUGUCAUUUAUUUCGAGUGCGAACCGGCAUUCCUCCUGCACGGCGUCGGAUCCAUCACUUGCAUCCGCUACGGCACUGGUAAGACAAAAUAGAACGCAUCGAGAUCGGGAUCCUAUUUUUAAUAGACCUGCAAUGGAGUGACGACCUUCCGACGUGCAUUCCGAUCACCUCGACGACUCCUCCUACGAGCACAGCCACUCCGAAUCCAGUUACCGUCUGGAAUCUCUUGACUACAUCCCGCACCACUCCAAUUUUUCGAAACGACAAUAGUCCAAAUGAGUUUGUCAUUGAGGACAGUGUCGUUUACGAGGAGACCAACUAUCUGGAGCAGCAGGAAAAAUGGAUGAAAUCUGCCGAUGUAAGUUGUACGAAAUCAUUACUCAAGAUUCGAUGAUUAUUUCAAAAAGUCGAUGUACCUGUUGAGCUCUACACUUUUGUAGUUGAUAACUUUAUCGCAAAACGUGUCACUCUUGAGUUAAGGUCUUGAGAGCUGACAAUGGGCGGAAGUGCGCCCAUACAUUGGCGCGAAAUUUAAAUUUUGACAGCAAAAUUUGUGUUUUUUGCCAGAUUAGCCACGAAAAAUCGAUAAUUUCUCAUUUUUCUCUCGAUACACUGAUUGUAUAGGCUAUUACGAAUUUUUUAAGCGCAAGACCGUUAAAUUUGGUCAAGUCGCAAAUCACAUUUAUCCGUUUGAAGGUUUUUGGCUAAAACUGCGUGAAUUUCAGUUGCGUUUCGGUAAUUUUCGCGGUUCGAGCGCUCAAAAUGCUUGUAUUUACGUGAUUUAUCAUUCUUAAAACCAAUUCUGUCUGAAAACAGUCAAGAAAGCGCAAAAUGAGAAGUUUUUAGGCGACGAGCGGCGAAAAAGCAAAGUCCGCAAAAAAAGAGCGCCAAAACGUCAUUAAUUCUGUGAGAAUUAGUGUGUUUUCAUGUCGAACAAUCAUGUUUCUUUGCCGUUGACCACAAAAAUCAGAGAAAACCUGCUCAAUUCAUGAAAACGCCAUUAGGCCGCCGAAGCCACGCCCAUAUUGUCAGCUCUGGAGACCGUGGCGCACAAGGGUUUUCCAAUAGUUUUGUGUUUCAAAAGUUGUUUCAAAGCAACAAAUAUAUUGUCGACUCUAUUACUAGACCUAUUGGCAUACCCGCGAACGAAGAAAAACUUUUGUGUUUCAAAAUUGUUUGGCGUGCUUCCCAUUUUGCCUAUUUGCAGUGGUCGUGGACGUCUUCCGGAUGCAUCGUGCACCAGUGGAACUUUCCCACCUCGUACCUCGUCACUUCGACACCGAUCCACCUGAAUGCCGCCGAAAUCGAACUGAUAGUGUCGGUGGAACAAUGCCGAGCGGGCCUCCAACUCGCCAUUUUCACCUCCUCCUCCGCCACGUUCGUCGCGCCGCUUUCCGACUUUCGAACGGUGCUCAACUCGACCGCGAGCGGCAGUUUCGUCCUCAAAUUGAGCAAUUUGAACGACGAGUACUUGGCGAUUUCGGUGACCGCGCCCGCCUACGCGCUCGUUUGCGGCGUUGCUGUUCGCGAGAAGAAGUGCGCGGCCGUCGAAUUCGAUGGUAUCCAACUCGGGCCGUCCGGUCCUUUUGCGAUGAGAAGGUACCUGCCGGCCACAUGUGGAAAUCGGUGGGUUUGUGGCGAGAGAGUCGGCGAGAGAUCUUUGAUCCCUGACGAAUAAACGAGAUGAAAUGAAGUGUAUAUGUAUUUUUGCAGAAUAACGACAGUGAACGGAAGAUGUGAGCCCACGAGAGGAUGGGUCAUUCAGAAGAGUCCGUGUCUGUGCAACCCCCAACCACCGUGUCAGUUCUAGUGUUUUAUAUGUAUAUAUAAUGGGGCUAUUCAGCGUAUGUUUGUUUUCCGCUAUUUUUUUCGUUUUUUUACAUCGCUGAAUUCGAUUUUUUGACGUAAAAAAACGAAAAAAAAACGGAAAGUUCCACUGGUGCACGAUGCAUUCGAAUGACGUUCACGACCACUGCAAAUAGGCACAAUGGGAAGCACGCCAAACAAUUUUGAAACACAAAAGUUUUUCUUCGUUCGCGGGAAUGCGAAUAGGCACGGAACCCCAGCAUUCCAAUGCGCAAGCGAGUUGUCAAUGGGGCGCGCUUGCAUCCACCGUCGGCUCGGAGUUUCUUUUUUCAGUUGAAACCCAGAAUUCUUUCGUUUUUCUCUUAAUAAAAACUCAAAUUUUGUUCUUUGCGAACCGUGGGGCGAUUGUGUGAGUUAAAAGCAUCGAUUUAAGCGCGAAACGGAGCAGAUUCGUUCAGAAUUGACCAAAUUGAGGGAUUUUGUCGAAAACUACUGAAAAAACGGAGUUUUAACAAUCAUUUGCCGAAUCGAGUUCGGACACUGGCAUUCGAACCGUCCAGUCAACAAAAAGUUUAAUGCGCGUCUUUUAAGCGCUCAACCGUCAAAAAAUAUACAGAAUUGAGAUAAUUGAGGCAAAUUUUCGAUUCCAACAGGAAAAAAAUUCUGUAAUUUUUGCAUAAAACGUUUCGAAAUUGAUGACAAAGCAGUUAAAAUUUUAUUUUUUAUUCAUUUCUAAUAAUUAUCAUAAGUUUUGACACUGAUUGGUUCUGAAAAGAUGGGAAUAAUGCAAAAAAAGGGAAAACUGAAAUGAGAAACUCUACAACGACGCUCCGAAAUUACGCGUUACGCGCCUUGUUUAGCGCACCUGAAUUGCGCCAAGGGAAUUUUUUAUUGGAAGGCUGGGGUUCCGUGAUAGGUCUAGUAAUAGAGUCGACAAUAUAUUUGUUGCUUUGAAACAACUUUUGAAACACAAAAAUAUUGGAAAACCCUUGCGCGCUACGGUCUCCAGAGCUGACAAUAUGGGCGUGGCCUCGGCCAAAUGGCGUUUUCAUGAAUUCAGCAGGUUUUCUCUGAUUUUUGUGGUCAACGGCGAUGAAAAAUGAUUGUUCGACAUGAAAACACACUAAUUCUCACAGAAUUAAUGGCGUUUUGGCGCAUUUUUCGCGGAUUUCGCAUUUUCGCCUUCGCCGCCGAUCGCCGCCUAAAAACCGCACUUCUCAUUUUGCGCGUUCUUGACCGUCUUCAGACAGAAUUGGUUUUGAGAAUGAUAAAUCACGUAAAUACAAGCAUUUUGAGCGCUCGAACCGCAAAAACUACCGAAAAGCAACUGAAAUUCACGCAGUUUUAGCCAAAAACCUUCAAACGGAUAAAUGUGAUUUGCGACUUGACCAAAUUUAACGCUCUUGCGCUUAAAAAAUUCGUAAUAACCUAUACAAUCGGUCUAUCGAGAGACAAAUGAGAAAUUAUCGAUUUUUCGUGGCUAAUCUGGCAAAAAACACAAAUUUCGGUGUUAAAAUUUGAAUUUCGCGCCAAUGUACCGCUCUAUUGGGCGGGACGCACUUGCGCCCAUUGUCAGCUCUGGAGACCGUGGAAUUGGGUUUUUUGACGUAAAAAAAACGAAAAAAAAACGGAAAAAAAAUAUUUUUUUUCCCAGCCUGAAUAAGCGCAUAACAAAUUUGUUUUGAAACACUAAUUUUCAGGCCCAACAGAGGCGCCGAUUCCGCAAAGAGACCAAACCGGGAAUUGUACGAUGAACGCGUGUACGAACGGAGUCUGUCGGCAGUUUGACGGAUAUUAUGACUGUAUUUGCAAUGAUUGUGAGCUAUUUUACUGCAGGAUUUGAAACAAAUUCCAAAGCUUUGCAGUGUUCAUCCGCGACGUGACCCAAUACGGAGACCCGUACUGCAAACCGAAUCACUGUUUGUUCACGAGCCCAAUCAGAAAUUCCGAGUAUAAUUGCUCGAGCGGCGAGACCGAUUCCGCUGUGAAAUGUCCCAAUUCCAGUGAGUUUUGUUCGCCAUUAACCGCUAUCGACGACUUUUAUAAAAAGUGUUGCAAAAAUUCGAAAGUUCACAUAUUCUUUCUCUGUUUCAUCGUUUCUUUCUAGUCUCCAAUCCUUCAGAAUGUAUUUGUCCCACUUGAUCUCCGCUGCUUCUUUCUUUGUGACACUUUCCAGCCUUCUUUUCGCCUUUAUGAGACCCAUGUAAUGUCUAGUAUCUUCGUCCCUCGCUCUAGCAGACACAGCUGGAAGGAUAAUUCGUCCGACACCCGAUCGAUCCGCAUAGUGCCUCCUUCAGAGCUUCGAUGAGAUGCUUUUGCAACAAAUUUUACCUUCGUAGAGUUAGACUUCUACUUCAAAUCGUUGUAAGACCCCAAAGAGGAUGCGCCUUUAAACGUCUUCUUUGUUCUUCAACGAAAAACACGUUUUCCGCGAGACAGCAAAAUCAGCAUUUCCAGACCAAAAAGGAGCGUUUUGUCAGUACGAAGGCCAAAUCUACAACAGCUCCUACAUUUACAUGCUUCCAAUUCAGUCGGAGGUAAUUUUUUAAAUGAAAAUUUUGUUUUUAAAGUCAGUUUCAACCGCCUAAAAUGCGAUUUAUAUGUGCGCGCAAGUGUUGAAAAAAUGAUGCUUUCCAGAAAUACUCGAGAAAAACGAAACUUUUCUGCAGGUAGCACUGGCCACGAACGUGUGCGAAAGUGCGGAUACGGAGUACGCAAUCCCCGGGGUCAUGUGCCAGAAUUCGCCGACGACGACGGAGGGCUACGACGGAUGCACCAUGUGCAAGUUCUCGAAGAACUGCGUCCAGGCGGCGCCGCCGUUCAUCGGCGGCGCCUGGUGUCUCUGCGAAGACGGUACGGCCUACUUUUAAUGGUUUUUGUGGAAAAUGAUAAAGACCACCGAUCGACUCGUAGAUUAAAAAGUGAUAAACAGAUUUUGAAACAGUAAAAAUGAUUUUCUGUUUUCAAUUUAAAAUAGCCGAAUUGUCUCUUAUUGCCACAUUCAGUGUCAGAAAUGCAGUUGUGGCCGUGGCCUAGAAAACUCCUAGGCCAUGUGAUCUCUGCGUUCGACACAAUCUUCAAACGUUGUCAAGCAUUCACACAAAUUAAAAGAUUGUCAAAUUGCAAGAGUGUCUUAUUAUCAGCAGGGAAGAGUUUUCACACGAGAGUUUUCUAGGCCACGCGCUGUUCAGUUUAUAGACAUUUCUAACUAGGGAAUGAUCAAUAGGUAAGUUGGCCUUAUGGGCCGUGACUGACAUAGUUCGAUAGCUUAUACCAAGAGGAUCAAAUGUUCUGUUGACCAUUUUUGCUGCCGACACCUGGAUUUCGAGAAAAUGGCGCCGGAAAAUUUCCACUGAAGUACUGUAUUUUAGGCAAUUUUCCUCCCUCGUAACAGUCGCGUGAACUCCCUUGAUAUCAAAGUAUUCGGAAACAACUGAAAUCGUCGGUUGGAUGGUGCAGUGGGUAUUGGUUUCGACUAGUAGGCAAGAGGUCUGUCCCCACUCUCCGUAAAUGUUUUUUUGUUUUUUUUUGUCGACUGAAUAUCUGGGUCAAACGAGGUUUCAUGAUGAUUUUUACACAUUUGAUGACUCUCCACAACCGAAGCAACUCAAAAAUCGAAUAAAUCGAGUUUUGAAGAAAUAUGCAUUUUCCAUUAAAAUCUCCAUACAAAGUAUGGACUUCGUCAAAAACUCCCUCAUCUUUGGAGAUCUAUAUCUUCAGAACCCACCAUCAAUUAAAUAAAAGAUCAACUGGAAAGUUGUUGCAAAUUUUGUGUUGAACAACUUUGUAGUUGAUCAUUUUAUACCAAAACACUUCAUUCUCAUUUUAUACUGUUUCUAAUUCACAAAGGAGACAAGUUUUUGAAAAAUGAAAUAGAUAAAAUAGAGGUUACAAACAAGAGUAUAUAGAUCUCCAAAGAUGAGGGAGUUUUUGACGAUAGAAACUUUGAGGCCUCAAAUCAGGCCCUAAUUGUGAUUUUUGAGAAAAAUGAUGUACUGCAAUCGUGUACAACUUUUUAUGCUCUAUCUAGUGACAUAAUAAUCUGACCAACUAAAAAAUUUUUUCGAAGUCCAUACUUUGUAUGGAGAUUUUAAUGCAAAAUGCAUAUUUCUUCAAAACUCGAUUUAUUCGAUUUUUGAGUUGCUUCGGUUGUGGAGAGUCAUCAAAUGUGUAAAAAUCAUCAUGAAACCUCGUUUGACCCAGAUAUUCAGUCGACAAAAAAAAACAAAAAAACAUUUACGGAGAGUGGGGACAGACCUCUUGCCUACUAGUCGAAACCAAUACCCACUGCACCAUCCAACCGACGAUUUCAGUUGUUUCCGAAUACUUUGAUAUCAAGGGAGUUCACGCGACUGUUACGAGGGAGGAAAAUUGCCUAAAAUACAGUAUUUCAGUGGAAAUUUUCCGGCGCCAUUUUCUCGAAAUCCAGGUGUCGGCAGCAAAAAUGGUCAACAGAACAUUUGAUCCUCUUGGUAUAAGCUAUCGAACUAUGUCAGUCACGGCCCAUAAGGCCAACUUACCUAUUGAUCAUUCCCUAGUAAGAGUUGCGACUCGGACUUUUUCCCCUCAACUUUGCUCGAUUCCAGAAGACUGGUACGGUCGUUCGUGUGCCGUCAGUAAAUUCUGUUUCAACAACGACGGCUCGUAUCGAUGUGCGAACGGCGGAACGUGCGAUUUGACGGCCCAAAAGUGCCGAUGCCCGCCGAACUUCCGAGGAGACACGUGCGAAACGUACACCGGCGACGACAAGUACGCUUUUUUUCACUGCGCUUAUCGAUUACUUGUGCGGCACUCGCUGAGAUCGAAAUUCGGCGGCCGCGGCCGCAGACUAGAAAACUCCACCAGCCGUGCGCUUAUUUUGCACUUUUUCACCAAUUUUUCACAAAAUUUCAGCUGCUUGGCUGGCGAAAAAGAGUGCGUGAAUGGAUUGUGCCGGAAGGAAAUUGAGCAAAUUUAUUGCAAUUGUUACGACGGAUGGCUCAAAGAUGCGAUCGGGAAUUGUACGGUCAGUGGACAUUUUUCAAUAAACCCUUUUAAAAAAUCACAUUUAACGCAAAAAUCGAUUUUCAGAUUCCGUGGAACAUGUGCUCACUGAACAAUCCGUGCCAACAAGACAGUGCGUGUCUUUUCAAUGCAACUUCCGGAAUUACCAGCUGUAAUUGUUCGGUGUCCGGAUGGAAAGGUACCGUUUCUUUUUUUUCGAGCAUUACUGCCGCUACACGUAAAUUCAGGAGCCUAUUGUGAAACUCAACCGAAACUGGACGAUUGUUCGGUUUGCGAGAAUGGCGCCGAGUGUCUGGACACUUUUACGAACAAUGUCAGGUGCAAAUGCGAUUCGGGAUUCAGGUAUUGGGUGUUUGAAAUGUUUUAAAGACGGAAAUUUUCCGGAAAAAUCGAUAAAAACGUUUGAAAAUGUGCCUAAUGGGGCUAUUCAGCGUAUGUUUGUUUUCAGUUUUUUUCCGUUUUUUACAUCGCUGAAUUGGAUUUUUUGACGUAAAAAAACGAAAAAAAAAUGAUUUUUUUUCCGUUUUUUUUCGUUUUUUUGCGUCAAAAAACCCAAUUCAGCGGUGUAAAAAACGGAAAAAACGGAAAACAAACAUACGGUGAAUAGCCCCAUAAAAGUCUUUCCAUUUGUUUUGUCCCAUCACAAUCUGUAAACGUUUUCAGCGGCUCUCACUGCUCCGAUCCCAUCGACGACUGUCAAUUCUACCCGUGCGUGAACGGCGGAACGUGCAAUAAGGAUAACUAUGAGGAGGCGGACUCGAAUAUUGAGGCCUACAAUUGCACGUGUCCCACUGGUUAGUGAGCGUCUUAUUUUAACUUUUUAUCCGACACGCCUUUUCCCGAAUUUAGGCUUCUCCGGCUCGAAUUGUGAGCUGGCAAUUCUGCGAAAUUGCUCCGAGCUCAUAAAAUGCGAGAAUGGAGGAAGGUGCGAGUUCGACGCGAAAGGAACGGCGAUUUGUCGCUGCCCGCAACAGUUUUACGGCACGUUUUGCGAGAAAAAAGUUGGUUUUUUUUUUUUGCAUUAGAGCGCACUUGCACACCCUCCUCCUUCUCCUCUCACGAGUGAACAUUUGCGGAAUGCGGAAUGCGGAAUCUAACAACUUUCAGUGCGCCGACCAGUGUGCUCAUUCUUUCGGUUGUGCUCAGGCAACGAAUGGAUCCGUCUUCUGUGAAUGUCUCGACGGAUUUUCGGCACAAUAUUGUGAUGUUGUCGAUGUGAGCAUGACACUCUUUUUUUUGGUGAAGAAGAAGAAGAAGAAUCAUAUCGACAAAUUGCAGAACGUUUGCGAGGCUAACCUUCUCGUGUGCCAAAACUCGGGCACAUGCAAUCGCACAACUCAAUCGUGCGACUGUUCGGACACUUUUAACGGCACCUAUUGUGAAAUUAAUCUGGUACUUCUUGCCUCGCUAACCACUUUUUUCCAGUGCUUUCAUUUGUGUUCUGACAAAAAUUGAUCUGUUUGACGUUUGAAAUGCCGGGAAAUUGGCUGUGUAGACUUUUUGGCCCAGGCUUUUUGAAGCCCUUGUUGAGGCCUGGACUUUUGGGCCCAUAACUUUGUAGGCUUUGGACCCGAUGGGAUCAUUGCAAGUGGUCCAAAAGUCCAGGGGUCAGCUUUUGCACAAACUAACACAUUUUUCCAGAAUGCUUGCACCCGUAACUCGAUCAACUGUGAGAAUGGAGGCACUUGCGACGCGAAAAACGGCGAAUGCUAUUGUCCGGCCGGAUUUACGGGAGAUUUGUGUGAAAAUCAACUUGUAAUGCAGUUUUUGAUACUGACGGGCGGGUAUCGCAGUUUCAGAACGUCUUCUAGACGCUUUUUCUUUCGAAAACCUUUCAAACUCCCGCCCGUUCUGCUACCGUAACACCCCCGGCACUCGCUAAUAAUGUUUUGCAGCACUCUUGCCGUGACAUUACAUGUUUUAACGGCGGCACGUGCAUCUCCUUCAACGGCACGUGCGCAUGUCUGCCCGGUUCCACCGGCGAUCGAUGUCAGGACCUCGGGGUUCGCAUCGAUUUUGUCGAAGAACUCGCCGUCGAGAAGUUUUUUUUAUUUCAGCAACCGUGUCAAAUGCUCCUGCCCAACGGGACCUACACGGACUACUGUCAGAACGGCGGAAAGUGUGUGGAGCUGCCGAACGGCGCCGCGUGCGACUGCAACAAUACGACGUAUACGGGACGGAGAUGCGAAACGAGUGAGUACUACUGUCCAGGAGCACUUUGACGAAUCCGAUGUUGCAGAAGCGACGGCCAACUUCAAUCUGGUGUUCAACGGCCUCGCCUACGCGCCCGACCUCGUCUCGAACAGCUUUUCCAAUCCGACAAUAACGCAAUUCACGCUCUGCUCGUUCGUCCAGUACGACCAUUCGACGGCCGCCGACGCCACGUCAUCAGGCAUCACGGACGUCUCGGUGCCGUCGUUGCCGCCGUACCUCUCGAUGCGCGGCUACGGUAACUCGCAGCAGAUUGUGUUCGACAACAACGGAUUCUACAUUUGCGACGUGAGCAGACGGUGCUCGCGCGCCGAGAACAACAACUACAAAGCGAUUCCGAUCACGGCGAACACGUGGCAUCAUGUGAGUACUGGUCGUACUGUAGGAUGCGCUUCAGUGUCGAGCGGAAUUCCGUCUUCCGUCUUCCGUGGUUUUUUGUUCCGUCUUCCGUCUGCCGUCUUCCGGUAAAAAAGUUUUCUUCCGUCUUCCGUCUUCCGUCUUCCGUGGUUUUUUGUUCCGUCUUCCGGAAAAAAAGUUUUCUUCCGUCUUCCGUGGUUUUUUCUUCCGUCUUCCGUCUGCCGUCUUCCGGGAGAAAAAUGUUCUUCCGUCUUCCGUUUUCCGUGUUCCGUAAAAAAAAAAUUUCUGCCGUCUGCCGUCUUCCGGAUUUCAAAAUUCCAUUUCCGCUCAACUCUGACGCGCUUGUGUAUUUUUGCAUUUUUCAGUUCUGCCUGGUCAGCCCCGACAACCGGACGAGUCCCAGCUAUACCGUAUACCUGGACGGCGUCAAAGUUUGGGACCAAUACGCGGAAAAUUUCGAUGUAAGCUUCCUUUUCUUUCCGGAAAAUUUACGAUUGUCCAACUUUGAAAAAUCGAAACUUUUUUCAAAAAAAUGCUACAGACCCCCACGAGAGCUUAAAAUAAUCGCAAUCAUCUGGGGAAUGUGGGAAAAAUAUCAAACAUUUUCCGAAAAAAUCUUGCAGCCCGGAGAUUACGGUUACAUCUACCUGGCGCCAUCGAAUCUGUCGGAAAGCCGAUUCCAGGGAAUGAUUUCCAUGACGCAGGUACCUAAAAACUAUCGAUUUUUUUGCGUCAAAACCUUUUUCAGCUCUACAUUGUCCGUCUGACCGAGGCUCAAAUCGGCAAAUUGGCCUUCGAUUGUUAUGACGUUCGCUUUUCGAGCAGAAAUUGUUUUUAAUUUUAAAUUUCAAAUUUCAGACAAUCAACGACGUGACGUCCGAAAUGGCGCGCAAUCGAUUGAUUAAUUGGGACAAAAAUUUCACGAGAGUCUCCUCGUCGAAUCCAGGCGUCUUUAUCGAUCCGGCAGGUACAGUACGCCUACAGUACGCCCGAGGAGAGCAGUUUUGCAGGAAUUUGUAGCAGUGUAAAGUGUAUGUUUGGCCGGCAGGUCAACGGAAACAACUACAAUUCGACGGGAUCUUGUGGUAACAAUUUUUUAGGAGAAUUAGGGGUACGGUAGGUCGAAAUGUGUGCAAACACUGAAAAUGUGAAUACACCGCACUUGACGACAGUAGCAGUGCGCAUUUCGACCUACCGUAAUCAAAGCGAACACCACACAAACCUUGCAGACAAGGACCGUAUCUCGCCGACCGUACUCCGAUGUCCGGCGACGAUCCGUCGAAGCACGACAGAAGAUUUCACAAAAGUCACGUGGUCCGACGACGAAAUCGCGUUUUUCGACAAUAUCGGAGUGGUGCGCAUCGAAGUGAACUUCCAGAAUGGACAACAGUUUGGAAUGUGAGAAGUCUAUCGAAAAACUAGCGAUAAAUGAUUGAAUUGCAGUGGAAUCACCGCCGUCCGUCACGUGGCAUUCGACGCGGCCGGCAAUUCGGCCGAAUGCACGUUCGACGUGCAAGUCACCCAGAAGACGUGUCCUACCGUAUCCCAGAUUACGGUAGACGGAGGCACAGUAACCCGUGUCGCGUCGGUCGGACCGUUUGCCGCCGACGCAGUCACCGUCACGUGCGAGGACGCGUUGUAUCCGUGCGAGACCCGACCGAAAUGGUACAUUUGUGAUAUUAUGGUGAGUUUGAACGGGUACGGUAGGUACAGUAACCCAACUGGACUGUUUUAGGGAGACUAUAAGUACGGUGCGUGGGCGGAUGACGAGAAAAAGCGAUAUUAUCUGCCGGCGUGCGGAAAAACUGUGCCCGCUUCACAGGCGAUCAAUGGAACGGUAGUGGGCAGUGGCACGUGUCAGCAGGUACGGUAGUUUUGCUGAAAAUGUUGAUUACUGUAUGCACGUUAUUUUUAUAGUUGAUCACUUUUUGAUCCGACUAUUCUACGGCCUACUGUAGCGCUUUUAAGCUUCGAACCGUGUAGAUACUUUGAAACCCCGAACUUUGAAGAGCUACAGUACUUUUAGGAGGGGUCGCAUGAAAACGUUGUCAACUACAAAAGUAGAGUACUAGUCUUGAACUUUAUUUUUGUAGUUGACAACUUUUAGAUGCAACCACUUCCAGGGUUACUGUAGCGCCUGGAAGCUUUCCACCGCCUACGCACUAUAAGGCCCCGAAAUUUGAGGCUACAGUAACCUUGAGAGUGGCCCGAUUUAAAAGCUGACAAUUACAAAAAUAAAGUGCUAGUCUGGAACUUUAUUUUUGUAGUUGACGUCUUUUUGAUCCGGCCACUCUCAGAGUUACUGUAGCUCUUGCAAGCCUCCCUACUAUACGCUUUUUGAGAGCUCCGACUUUUCAGGUCUACCAAAAGCUCCGUGACAUCAUCUGGAGCUCGGCGAUGUGCGACGAAAUCUCCUCGUGCCGCCUGAUUAUUCUUCCGCCGUGCGACGGGAUUACUAUAGGUUCCCGGGCGGAUGAAGACGACGCCAAAAAUGUGGCUCUACAAUAUACGUUUGAGACAAAGUGAGUGGAAAGUUGACGUUUCUUUUCUGCAAAAAUCCUACUGUAUGCCUUCAGAAACGCGACGGAAACCAUCGGAUCUACAGUACUCUCCUCGCUAAAAUCCACUUUCACAGUGGUCCGUCAGGAUUCCACCGUCGAAUGUGAUCCGUCCUACCCGAUCCAUGAGACCAACGGAAAUUCAACAAUUUGUGGUCAGUUCUGACAGGCUUUGCCCCCCCCCUUUUUGCCUAAAAACUACAGUAACCCGAAUUACAGUAAGCUGUCCCGAAGGAACUUUCGCCAAUUUGGACUCCAAUCAAUGCGACGACUGCCCCGUCGAUACCUACCGUAAUCGGAGCAGUCCGGACCAGUUGGCGUGUACCCGCUGCCCGGGGACUACUGUAACUGGUACAGUAACCGGAGCCGUCGAUGAAUCACAAUGCUACAGUAAGAAUUUGUCGUCGACUUUUGAAAAGGCAUAACUAUUUUCGAAAAAAUCGCACAGACCCCCACGAGCGCUCAAAAUAACCGUAAUCAUCUAAAGAAUGUAGGAAAAAUAAUGCGAUUUUCUGGAAAAAUUUGAAAACCAAUCACAGCUCGAAUGUUUGCAGCCAACUGUAAAACGGGCGAAAUGGAGUCGAACGGACUGUGCAUUCCGUGUCCAGAAGGGACUUUUGGACCCGCCGCGGGACUCAGAAAGUGCACUUGUUGUGGAUUCGAUUUGUCCACUUAUGGAGGUAGGGCCGCAUUUUUACGGAAAUUUCUGCUGAAUUUUCAAAUGUUUUCUUGACAUUCUAGACACUUUCUUUUCAGACGGCAAAACGAGCGUGUCCGAGUGCACAAAAACGUGCGAAGCCGGUCAAGAAAUGCGCCGAACCGAAGAGGACGCGGUGCCGAUUUGUGCGGACUGUGAUCGAGGAUUCUACAAAGAGGUCUCGAAACGCUUUGGAAAAAUUAUUUUUUUUUUUUUCUAAAAAAUGCUACAGACCCGGAAUCAUCAGGGGAAUGUGGGAAAAAUAUAGAGAUUUUUCGGAAAAUUCUCAAAACCGAGCCUCUCCGUCGUUUAGGGAACGCGCGGCCCGUGCACCCAAUGUCCACGUGGAUUGACGACGUCAUCGACGGCUUCGAAAUCAAUCGACGAGUGCAAUUUGCUCAAUUGUAUCGAUGCGAACACUAUGGUACUUGAUGGAUUACUGUAGAUUUUCAAGAAAACACAUUUUUAGAGAAAUACAAAUGUGACCGCGGGGCCUGCGAUUCCGUACAGCGAACUAUGCAUCACGUGUGAGCAGGGCACUUUUCAGGUGGGUUUUUGAAUUUUCUCUAUUUUUUUGAACCGAAAAAAGGACUUCAGGACCGUUAAAACUAAAGAAAAUCAUCCUGAGAACAUUUUUCAGAACGCAUCGAACCAAGCGUCGUGCAUGCCGUGCGCGGACCUCUCCGAUGACGUCACCGAUAUUCCGGUCACUUGCCAAUCGACGUGCUCCGCCGAAUAUCCGACGGAAGGGUGUAAUUGUCAGUUGCAGGAGGGCAAAAACUCGCUGGUGACGAGAAAUUGUCUUCCCGAAGUGGUGAGUUUGAAAGCGGACAGCUUUUCAACGGGUAUUGUAGUUUAUUCCAUAAUCUUGACGUCUAGUACGAUAUUUUUGCGUGUUGAUCACAUUUUCCAACGACCACUUCCUGGCUUACUGUGUGCGCUUGGAAGUUGGAGUGCGGUAAAAGCGUACGGUAACUUUAAAGCGCUACAGUAACCGUAGAACUGGUGGUAGAGAAAAGUGAUCAACUGCAAAUAUAAAGCUCAAGACUAGCACUUUACUUUUGUAGUUGACAACUUUUUGAUUCAAUCACUUUCAAGAGUACUGUAGCUCUUCAAAGUUCGGGAUCUUGUGCGUAGACGUUAACAACUGUACAAGUCUACAGUAGGCCCGGGAAUGGUUGUAGAAAAAAGUGAUCAACUGCAAAUAUAAAGUUCCAAACUAGAACUUUUGUUUUGUAGUUGACAACUUUUUGAUCCGACUACCCUCGAGAGUACUGUAGCGCUUUACAGUAAACAUUUCAGAAACCCUACCACCAAAGCCUGAAUCCUCUGAAAAUCGUUCUUCCUGUCGUCUUCGGAGUCCUUCUCCUGAUUCUCGUCGUCGUCGUCAUUUGCUUCCGAAAACAGUAAGCGCCCCGGAAGGACUACGGUAGCUCCGCCCCCCUUUUUCAGAAUCAUCGCCUGGUUCCGUAAAUCGCCAACGAACGGCAAUCAACACGUGGCACCGUCGCACUGGAACCAACAUCCGAACACUUCUUCGGACGAAUCGACGCGCGGAUCCCAAAGAUCGAUCGUGGUCCGCGCGACGACGACGACGGCGCCGCCGCUCAUCUCCAUACUGCCACGUGUCAACCCGAACCUCCGGAUAGUGACGUCACGCGAGGAACUCGACCAACUACCCCCGCUUCCCUCCUCCUCCACACCUUCAUUCCACGCGGAUUCGGCGCUGAAGACGAACGGCUUCGGAGGCCAUUUAUCGUCGGGAAUGCGACAUUUGGGCACGGCCGGAAUAUUCUACGAGGCGAACGGAUCGCCGAAGAUUGUCAGACGGAAGCCGUCGACUGACGAUGAUAGUAGUUUGGUGAGAACUUUUGGAUUUGUUCGAUUAGUCACACGAUACGAUUUUGCAGGACUCAUUCUUCUAA